CAGAAAAAUAUUUAAAAAUACCAAUACCAAAGUUCUUUCAUCGGCAAGUGAGACACAAGAGCCGAAGACGCCUGUCACAAUCCGAAAACGACACUAUGAGUAGCAAACAAUUUUCUUCAUCCCAAUUCAUAUGCCUCGUCAUCGCCAUCUCUUGCCUUGCAACGGCAUGCGAAGGUUUUUUAUCCCCUUCUCAUUUGAUGGCGACAAGAACUGCUCACGAUGUCGUACAAAGCAAUGAAAAAUUAACGCCGUCGACGGUUCUUUUCUUAUCGUCUGUAUCUCGCAAUCGAAAACGAUCUCCGUCCACAUUCAAAGGCAAAAAGAAAAAUAAUUCCGGGAAAGGCAACAAAAACAAAAAGAAAAAGCCUGGCAAAUGGGAUCGUCGGCGAAGCAAAGAUCAAUUGGAGCGACAAGAUGCUCUAGCAGCACAACCACGCCCCAUUCUUACCCGAUACGAAGACGAGCGAGACGGGGAAGUGAACGAAAGCAGGUUGUUUUCGUCACAAGGGAACAUUCUCUGCAAACAUUUCGAGUCUUGUCCGGGAUGCGUCACUGACAGAAGAGUCGGCGAUGUCGAGAUUAUUCGAUCGGCUGCGCGGUUCUUUUCAAGCACAGCGAUCCGAAAAAAUCGUGUCGACGUGGAGCGAUCGGGCGAAGAUUGGGUGAUAGAGGAAGAGGACGAUGGAUUCUAUGAAGUAGUGGUGCCAUCCGAGACCACUAAAUGGAGGACCCAAGCCAAACUCGUGGCUACAUCAAAGUCCGGGAGUCAAUGGGCCAACGAAGGAUGUAAAUUCGGGCUUUACAAACGCGGAACACACACCGUGAUGGAGAUUCCGAAUUGUGAAGUCCACCAUCCUUCCAUCAAUCGGGCUGUCGAAGUUCUAACAAAAGCGACAGAGAAGACCGGAACACCUGCAUAUAGCGACGACAAUGGAUUGCGCUACGUGCAACUUCAAGUGGAGAGGACGACGGGAAAGAUUUCUCUCACGCUAGUUUGGGGCACUUCAGAGCUGAAAUGGACCCAGCCAGCUCUCUCGCGCCUAACGAAGGAAUUGCUGAAGAGCGAACCAGAUUUGUGGCACAGCAUGUGGUGCCACUGCAACGACAGUCCCGGAAACAAUAUCUUUUCUAGAAAUCCCCGCGCAUGGCAUCGAUUGUCGGGUCAUGAAUUCGUUCGAGAGCCCAUGCCGGUUGGCGACCUGGGAUGGCUCUACUUUUCGCCCCUUGCCUUUCGCCAGGGCAACAUUGAUGGUUUUGACGUCAUAGCAAACGAUGUGGCACGAGCGGUCCCUGGUGGGAGCAAGGUUUGUGAGUUGUAUGCCGGGGUUGGUAUGCUUGGAUUGACCUCGCUGGUCUAUCAUCACCUGAACCACCAAAAAUACAAGGACGAAGUGACCGGCUAUGGCGAACCACUGACGUGGGUUCGGUGCAGCGACGAAAACCCGGCCAAUCCCAGAUGUUUCUCGGCCUCUGUGAGAUCUUUGUAAGUUUAAUGUACCUAGAAAUGGACCACGGAGUUUCUAUUGAUUGUCUCGAUUGUCGGCUGAACUCAUGCAUACUGUAUUUUCCCAUACGAAAACGAAAUCCCUCGUCUAUUUGAAAAAUCGAAACACUUAAAGACCGCGAGAAAUCACGGAAUAUCAACAGGCAGAAACGAAAGAGCCAAAAACACUUGGAGAUCUGAUGAAGGCAAUGGAGGCCGGUGGUGAUGAUUUCGAAGACCAAGUGGCACAAAGGACGGGCCCCAAAGCAACCUAUAUGGUUGCUAGUGCGGCAGAGGCCUUGAAAGCCGGACAAGCCCUCGGGGCAGACAUUUUGAUUGUCGACCCACCCAGAAAAGGUUUGGAAGACGAGGUUUUGGAAGAGUUGUGCAAGCCAUUCAAUGCCAAACAACCAUGUGUAGAAUCUCCGACAAUGCUUGCGGUUCCAGAUUACUUGGUAAACUGGACCAAUGACGUACAGACACUGAUAUACGUGAGCUGCGGAUUCGAUGCGUUGGCAAGGGACACCGAAAAACUGCUAUCGAGUGGAGGGGGAUGGAAACUGGAGAGCGCAACCGGAUACGUUCUCUUCCCGGGGAGCAACCACGUUGAAACGCUGUGCAUCUUCCGUAGGCAAUAAAGUACAAUAGUCAUCUGUGAAUAGAUUUUUUCCAAAGACAACUCACUCCAGGUUCCAGUCUUCAAAUGUAGAUCAUCCUCAUUUUUUCAAAUAACAGCACCAGUAAUCUCGAUUUUACUGGCUAGCAUACCAAAAAACAAGAUGAACAACACUUUGUACUCGGACUGUCGACGGGGCUACAUAAGUACUACCGGUAGUACUACUGUAAGAACAUAUCGUGUAUCGUGGAACUUUACUACGUACGUACCCACCGUACUAAAAGUACACAUGUUUUUCGUUUUUCGAACAUCCAACCAACCAACUUGGAGUUUGCUCUUGACAGACACCAGAGCAAAGGCAGUCCCACACCUCAACAACACCGCGCUUCUGCCAAUUUGAACCAUCGCACCAAUCGGUAUAUCAUUUCGUAUCGCGCAAGACAAGGCAGCAACAUGUCCACUCCAUCGCACGUCACGGAAAGCGUAUCGGAUCGAAAGGCCGCUAGGGAACUGGCGGAGGCCCGGGCUUCGGGUGCCGUCGCCCCCGCUGUGGACGUCAACACCAACAAGAUCAUCAACCCRCACAACCCCGAAUUCAUCACAAAGCGACCAUGGUAUCUGGGAAACAACGACCAGGGUCCGUCGCUCGACCACCAGGCCCUCGAUCCGAACACGAGCGGCGACAAGGCCUUUCUGAGCAUGAAAUCUGCCGACGAACUCGUGAAGCAAGAACGCCGUCUGGAAAAAGAAAAGAGGAAGAAACAGCAGUUCGAGGUCGGAAUGUGGGUAGAAGCGCUCAAGGGAAACAAGGGGACUUACAAGAUAUGCCAGAUUAUAAAACUCGGGAAAAAAGAUACCUUGUUCGAUCUCAAAUACGAGGACGGGAGCAUCGAGAAGAAAGUCAAGUUCAAGGCGAAAGCCAAAAAGGGAAUGUUCAAGCCUCGCAUUCGCAUGACAAAAUCCGGAACCCGAACGCUAAAGAUCGAUGCCGAAAAGUACGGAAAGGAAUCCUACGAUGCGAAGCGAGACAAAUACAUGGGCUACGAUGCCGAUUCCCACACAAAGAAAGUGGAGGAAGUCUUUCAGGCACGGGAGAAACUGAGGCGGAAGCUGCGGGAGGAACAAAAAUUGAAGAUGCAGCGAGACCAAGAAAAGCAACAAAAAGACGGGGCGGUGGACGGUACAGAAGCACAACAGCUGUCGGACGUCGACUCGGACGUCGAUUCCGACGCGGAGGGAAGCGGAGACGAAUCCGCGGACGAAUUCGUUCAGAAAGAAGAGAAACUCUUCACAACGCGUCUCGCACGGCAGGGUGGUGUCGGCGGGGCCCAGAUGAAGGUGACCGCCCGCAACCUGCGAAUCCGCGAAGACACGGCCAAAUAYCUGAGAAACCUAGACACGAACUCGGCGUACUACGAUCCAAAAUCGCGAUCGAUGCGAGACAAUCCAAACCCGGAAGUCCCGCCCGAAGAAUCGCAAUUCGCGGGGGACAAUUUUACGCGGAUUUCGGGAGACGCCAUCCACUUGGCCGAAACACAGCUGUUUGCCUGGGAUGCGGCCGACAAGGGCGUUUCGGAGCUCCAUCCACAGGCAAAUCCAUCGCAGGCGGAGCUUAUGAAGACGAAAUUCAAAUCGAAAUCGGCCGAAAUCCAACUCCAGAAAAAGAAAAAAGUCCUCGACAAGUACGGUGGACAAGAAUACCUGGACGGAAGUGGUGGAUUGGCCGGCGCUAUCGAAGAAAAGAAGACCCCGAGUGCCCAAUCCAGCACCGCGGAAGGAAGAAAGAUCCGGUUCGGUGUUAGCAUGGCGAAGGAAGAAUACAGCAGGGACGGUCGCAUGCUGAACGGCCAGGGAAGCAAAUCCAACAAAAUGGUGGCCCAAAAAUCAAAAUACGAAGAAGACGUGGUCACCAAUGGCCACACARCGGUAUGGGGAAGCUACUUCCAUGUGGGGGCCUGGAGCUGGGGAUACGCCGACGAUCAUUCGCUCAUGAAAAACUCCUACUGCACCGGAGCCGUCGGCCGCAAAGCCAACGACGAGGCGAACGAGAUGCAGUACGGAACGGGCUUGGCGGGUUCGGCUGCCCUCGCCCAGGCCCGGGGGAUGCUCAAAGCCCAGUCCAAGAGCAACAACASCAGURCCCUCGGCAAUGCGAUGGAUCCACCGUCGAGUCGUUCGAAACUGUACGGCGAAGCGGACCAAAAGGCUCGAUUGGAUAAGGACAAGGUCAUGGCAGCCAUGGCAAAACUCGACCGGGAAGAGAAGGAAUCCAUGUCCGCCGCGAGGGGCGACAAGAAGAACAAACGCAAGUACAAUUCUUUGAAUGCCGAGACCGAUGUCACCGAAGAAGAAAUGGAGGCCUAUCGAUUGCGGAAGGAGAACAGGUCGGACCCGAUGAACAAGAUCUCGAGUGACGAAAUAUUGGAAUACAAAUAGGUCGUAUAGAAGUUGCGUGCAAAACAGUUAUGAGACACACGUGGUUCGAUUUUUUAAGCUCAGCACAAAUCUUA